GAUGUGAUCUCAGUGCAGAUGCUGUGGCGCAGGGUUAGUGUGCUGCUCUGCUGUUUCUCAGUCGCUCUUUCAAUCCUGGAGACCGUCUAACAUGUCUACGAAGGCAGAGCAAUUUGGCUCUAAGAUUCGAUACUUGCAAGAGUAUCACAACCGUGUGCUUCACAAUAUUUACCCAGUGCCAUCGGGAACAGACAUUGCAAACACUCUGAAAUACUUUUCCCAGACGCUGCUCAGCAUCCUGUCCCGUACAGGCAGAAAGGAGAGCCAGGAAGCUUCCAAUUUGGCCGUGCCCAUGACCAUGUGUCUUUUUCCUGUGCCAUUCCCACUCACCCCAUCUCUAAGACCACAAGUCAGUUCCAUCAACCCUACAGUUACUCGAUCCCUCCUUUACAGCGUUCUGCGGGACGCCCCGGCCGACCGGGGUGGUGCCACCCAGCAGAGUCGGGAGGUUCAGAUCUCAGAUUACCCCUCACUGGACUAUCAGGGGCUCUAUGCCACCCUCGUCACCUUGCUUGACCUGGUGCCCCUGCUGCAGCACGGUCAGCACGAUCUGGGACAGGCCAUAUUUUACACCACAACAUGCCUUCUGCCUUUCCUUAGUGAUGAUAUUCUCAGCACUUUACCCUACACCAUGAUCUCCACUUUAGCCACCUUCCCUCCUUUCCUGCACAAAGACAUCAUAGAGUACCUGAGCACAUCCUUCCUGCCCAUGGCCAUUUUGGGUUCGACUCGAAGAGAGGGUGGCAUUCCAGCAUAUGUCAAUCUGUCUGCCUCCUCCAUGCUGAUGAUCGCCAUGCAGUACACUUCAAAUCCAGUGUACCACUGUCAGCUUUUGGAGUGUCUCAUGAAAUAUAAGCAGGAAGUAUGGAAGGAUCUUCUGUACGUCAUAUCCUAUGGCCCGUCCCAAGUCAAACCUCCAGCUGUUCAAAUGCUCUUCCAUUACUGGCCCAACCUGAAGCCUCCUGGUGCCAUCAGUGAGUACAGAGGCCUGCAGUACACAGCCUGGAACCCCAUUCACUGCCAACACCUCGAGUGUCACAACUCUAUUAAUAAGCCAGCGGUGAAGAUGUGUAUUGAUCCAACACUCUCGGUCGCGCUGGGUGACAAACCUCCACCGUUAUACAUCUGUGAGGAGUGCAGCCAGAGGAUGGCUGGCGAUCAUGCUGAGUGGCUCGUUGAUGUGCUUUUACCACAAGCUGAGAUUUCUGCUAUAUGUCAGAAGAAGAACUGCAGCUCUCACGUCAGGCGCGCCGUCGUCACCUGCUUCUCAGCGGGAUGCUGCGGUCGCCACGGCAACCGGCCUGUGCGCUACUGCAAGCGUUGUCAUGUCAACCACCACAGCAGCGAGGUGGGGGCAUCAGCGGAGACGCAUCUGUACCAGACGUCUCCUCCGCCCAUCAACACGCGCGAGUGCGGCGCGGAGGAGCUGGUGUGCACCGUGGAGGCGGUCAUCAGUCUGCUGAAAGAGGCUGAGAUCCACGCGGAGCUGCGGGAGUUUGAUUGGACUGUUCUGUCAGAGCUGGACAUCGUGGUUCCUCUGCAGCUGCUCAUCAGCAUGUUCUCUGAUGGUGUGAACUCACUGAAGGAACUGGCCAAUCAGAGAAGAGCUGGAGCCGCAGACCUGUCAGGAAACGCAGGAGUCCGCAGGGUGAGUGUGGUGUCUGACCCCGGCAGGAGAGGGCAGCACAAUAACCUGAGUCCGUUUCCCAGUCCGUUCCGUAGCCCCCUGCACUGCAGCCCCUUCAAGAACCUCGGCCACGCUGCUGGAAACUGUGCCCUGGACCUGGACUGCGAUGAUGACGACAUGAACCUGGGCUGCUUCAUCCUCAUGUUUGACCUGGUGCUUAAACAGAUGGAGCUGCAGGACGAGGCGCUGACGCUGGGGCUGGAGAGCAGUCUGGGCCGGGAUGUGGUGGGCAUCAUCAACAGUGUGCUGCAGGCUCCGUGGGGCGGCUCACACACCUGUCAGAAGGACGAGAAGCCUCUGGAGUGCAGUCUGUGUCAGUCCAGCAUUCUGUGCUACCAGCUGGCCUGUGAUCUGCUGCAGAGACUGACGCCGCGCGAGGAGAUGCGGCUGGUGGAACCAUCCGAGUGUCUGGAGGAGAGUUUGGUUUUCCCUCAAACUGAAUUCAGUCUUAAAUCAGAGAAUGGAGCGGAUGAAGCAGACGCUCCGUCAGAAAACCCCAGCAGUCACAAUCCCUCUCCUGAGAUCCCGCCGUUAAAGAAUAGUGCAGACAGGAAGUUCUCGUACCUACAGCUUCCUGUUUCUCUCAAGCUUCUGUACACCGUUCUGCAGGAGAUGAGUAAGUUUGAGGAGCCAGACAUCCUCUUCAACAUGCUCAGCUGUCUGAAGAUCCUGUGUUUGCACGGAGAAUGCCUGUAUCACGCCAGGAAAGAUCAGCCUCAGUUCCUGGCCUACAUACAGGAGAAGAUGCUCAUUCCCAGCCUGUGGUCCAUGCUGAGGUCAGAGUUCUGUCAGCUGGCGUCUCUGGCUGUGCCGCAGCUCCUGCACGCGCUCGCUCUGUCCCACGCCGCAGAUAUCUUCUGGAGGCUGGUGGACAGCAGCUUCAACAGUCAAGACUGGAAGAUUCGCUUCGAAGCAGUGGAGCGCGUGGCUGUCCUGUGCCGGUUUCUGGACAUGGGCUCGGUCACUAAGAGCCACGUGCUGAAGUAUUCUCUGGCUCACGCUUUCUGCUGCUUCUUGGCCAGCAUCGAGGACGUGAACCCCGCCGUGGCCACCAGAGCGCGCCUGCUGCUGGACUCCAUCAAACGGCCCGCGCUGCAGGGCCUGUGUCUGUGCCUGGACUUCCAGUUUGACACGGUGGUCAGGGACCGGCCCGUCAUCCUGAGCAAACUGCUGCUGCUGCACUCGCUCCGACAGGAGAUCCCCGCUCUGAGCUGGGAGUUCUUCGUCAACCGCUUCGAGACGCUGUCGCUCGAGGCCCAGCUGCACCUCGACUGCAACAAAGAGUUUCCUUUUCCUACCACGAUCACAGCGGUGAGGACUAAUGUGGCCAACCUGAGCGAUGCGGCCAUGUGGAAGAUCAGACGUGCUCGCUUCGCCCGCAACCGUCAGAAGAGCGUCCGCUCGCUACGAGAAAGCGUCAAGGGUUCGUCCGGGUCCAAGCGCACUUUCUCCCUCCCGGAGACACUGUGCAACAAACUGCCUCUCAGACUCAUAAGACAAGAGCAGUCGGCACCCAUACUGGGAAACAUGUUCGAGAAAGUCCUGACAGGAGAGAGCUCUCCUCCAGAGGACGACUCCGUCAUUAAGGACCUGCUGCCGGAGGACGCAGGCAUAGACCACCAGACCGUCCAUCAGCUCAUCAUGGUGCUCAUGAAGUUCAUGGCCAAAGACAAAAGCAGCGCAGAGGCAGACAUCGGCAGCGCCAAAGCCUUCAACACGGUCAAGCGGCAUCUCUACGUCCUGCUGGGAUACGAUCAGCAGAUGGGAUGCUUCAUGAUCACCCCUCAGAAAAUGCGCUCCUCCACCUGCUUCAACGCCUUCAUCGCAGGAAUCGCUCGGGUGAUGGACUAUAACAUCGGUCUGGGCAAACAGCUGCUGCCGCUGGUGGUGCAGGUGCUGAAGUACUGCACGUGUCCGCAGCUGAGGCCUAACUUCCAGGAGCCGCCGCGCUGCUCGCUCUGGGCCCUCAGGCCUCACACUAGACAGAUGUGGCUCAAGGCCCUGCUCGUCAUCCUCUACAAGUAUCCAUACAGAGAGAUGGACAUGAGUAAAGAGGUGGUGCUCCAUCUGAUCCACAUCACCAUCAACACGCUGAACGCUCAGUACCACAGCUGCAGGUCGCACGUGUCCGCAGGCCCGCUGUACAGUGACAACUCCAACACCAGCCGCUACAGCGAGAAGGAGAAAGAGGAGGACAGCGUAUUUGACGAGUCGGACAUCCACGAUACUCCGACGGGAGCGAGCAGUAAGGAGUCACAGACCUUCUUCGCCCGUCUGAAGAGGAUCGGAGGCAGCAAGUCCGUCAAGUAUCAGCCUGUGGAGCUCAACGCUCAGAGAAGUGAGAUCGAGCUGGCCGAGUACAGGGAGAGCGGCGCGCUGCAGGACACGCUGCUGUACUCGGGCCGAGAGGACAGCAACAGCAAGAAGAAGAGGCUGCAAGCCAUGCACAAGCAGAAGUCUCUGGACAUCAGCAACACAGACUCCAUCCUCUUCAACCUGGACGAGCACCGACGCAAGUCCUGCAUCGAGCGCUGCGACCUGCAGGAGCCCUCGUCCUCCUCCUCUAUCGGCCGACAGCAACACAGAGCUCAGCACCACGGGAAACACUCCUCCAACGGCCACUCCGUCACCGACCGAAGAGGCUCCGCCGCUCAGAGCGACAGCAUCCGGCCCAUCAUACCCGAGGUGCGUCUCAGCUGUAUGGAGACGUUUGAAGAUAAACUCGUCGGUCUGGACUCACCGCUGGCCGCCCCUGCGCUUGACAAGGACGAUCCGGACCUCAUAGACCUGUCCUCCGACUGCACCUCCAUCCCCGAGAAGCACUCCAUUCUCUCACUCUCCGACAGCGACUCGCUGGUGUUCGAGCCGCUGCCUCCUCUGCGCAUCGUGGAGAGCAACGAGGACCUGUUUGAGGCGCUCAAGCUCCCCGGCGGAGUGCUCCUGCAGGUCAGCCCCGAGAGCCAGACGCUCCAGCCCCCCGCGGCUCCUCAGGAUGCCACCAUGACCCUCAAACAGAAACGGGAUCUCUUCAGAAAGACCUCGCACAUGCCCAACGCAUCCCUGGAUGAUUCCUGCACGCAGCCCGAGGAUAGCGGCGGAAUGAGUCCCUCCAGCAGGUCCGUCGUGCUCCAGAUUCCUGCGGACGAGCUCGAGUCGCUGGAUCCGUUAAACGGGGAGGGAGCAGGAGACGAGGACAACGACGAGACGGAUGAGAGAGACAGCGACCCCAAACCUGACGACGAGAGCGAUGAAGCUGAAUUCAGGAUCCAGAUCGUGCCACGCCAGCGCAAAGAGAGGAAGAUCGCUGUCAGCGCCAUCCAGAGGGAGUAUCUGGACAUCUCGUUCAACACUGUAGACAAAAUGAAAGAAACGGCCGCAGAGUCAGAUGCCAAAUCUCUGUCGAGCCUGGAGAAGCCCAGAGAAUCGGCCUCCGCUCCGGCCCUGGAGGCCGCCGUCCCUGAAACCAGCCAUCGCUCCUCAGUGUCCACUCAGUAUCGUCAGGUGAAGCGAGGCUCGCUGGGUGCAGUGACGAUGAGUCAGUUAAUGAAGCGGCAGCUGGAGCAUCAGUCCAGCGCACCACAGAACAUCAACACCUGGGACACGGGUCCAGUGAAGACCAGUCUGCUGUCGGCCCCCAGCACCGUCAGCAUGUUCGUUCCCGCGCCAGAAGACUUCAGCGACGAGCAGCCCACUACGAUGUCCGACAGGUGCCGUGACUGCGGGGCUGUGCUGGAGGAGUAUGAUGAGGAGACUCUGGCUCUGGCUGUGGUGGUUCUGUCCAUGUUCAUCCAUCUGAGUCCUGAUCUGGCCGCUCCGCUGCUGCUGGAGAUCAUGCAGUCUGUGGGCAGGUUGGCCUCUAGCUCCAAUUUCACCGGUCAAGCUGAAAGCGUGCUGAUUCCUGGGAAUGUGGCUGGUGUAGCCAAGCAGUUCCUCCGCUGCGUUCUCCAUCAGCUCGCACCCAAUGGCAUCCUACCACAACUGUUCCAGAGCAACAUUAAAGAUGGAAGCUUCCUGAGGACGCUGGCCCUGUCUCUGAUUGAUUUCAAUGAGCUGAGCUCGGUGGCAGCGCUCAGUCAGCUCCUGGAGGGUCUGAACAAUAAGAAGACUCUGCCAGCAGGAGGCACUAUUCUGCACUGUCUGGACAACAUCGCCACCUUCAUGGAGACGCUUCCCAUGGACUCACCCAGCAACCUGUGGACAACCAUCUCGAACCAGUUCCACACGUUUCUAACCAAACUACCUGCUGUUCUGCCACUCAAGUGUCCGCUGGACUCGAGUCUGAGAAUGAUCAUUUGCUUGCUGAAGAUUCCUGUAACAAAUGCAACAAGAGUAAUGUUCUGCUGGGGCUUCGGUGGGAAUCUGAAGGUCGGUCUGGCUCAGAUAGCAGCGAUGGAGAUCAGCAAAGGCAACCACAGAGACAACAAAGCGGUUAUUCGCUACCUGCCUUGGCUUUACCAUCCGCCUUCUGCUAUGCAACAAGGACCCAAAGAGUUCAUCGAGUGCGUGUCACACAUUCGCCAGCUGUCUUGGCUGCUGCUGGGGUCUCUUACCCACAGUGCUUUGCAUCAGGGCUCCUCGUGCUGUAUGCCCAUUCCACUGGACGCUGGAUCUCAUAUCGCAGACCAUCUGAUUGUCAUCCUGAUAGGAUUCCCAGAGCAGUCCAAGACGUCAGUGCUGCACAUGUGUUCGCUGUUCCACGCCUUCAUGUUCGCCCAGCUGUGGACCAUCUACUGCGAGCAGGCCGCGGCCAACCCGACCAAUCAGAACCAGAACGAGUUCUCCUCGUGCGCCAUCCUCACGGGCCUGGAGUUCUGGAGCCGUGUGACUCCCAGCAUCCUCCAGCUCAUGGCCCACAACAAAGUGAUGGUAGAGAUGGUCUGCUUGCAUGUCAUCAGUCUAAUAGAGGCCUUGCAGGAGUGUAACUCAACCAUCUUUGUGAAACUGAUUCCCAUGUGGCUGCCCAUGAUUCAGUCCAACUUAAAUCAUUUGUCCGCGGGUCUCCAGCUGCGUCUUCAAGCCAUUCAGAACCGGGUGAACCACCAGUGUCUCCAGAAUCCUGGAUCCGGAUCGUUUCCUCUCACUCUGCGCAAGUGGCUUCAGUGCACUCAGUUUAAAAUGGCCCAGGUGGAGAUCCAGUCGUCUGAGGCAGCGUCCCAGUUUUACCCCAUGUGAUCUUUAAAGCAGCGAGCUGCGUGUGAUGAUUAAUCAUAUGAGCUUCUGCAGCAGCAGAUGUAGUUGCUCAAGGAUCGGUGGUCUUCCUAGUGUGUGUGUUAUUAUCAAAUACAUUACAGAAAUCAUGCAUAGAGAAAAAUGUUAGCCUGUUUCAACCAGGGAAAGGUUUUUUGUAUUAUCAAUAGUAUGCAUAUUUCAAACCAAAAUAAACCAUUCAAGAGUUAAAAAAAACAA